UCAUGAGUUAUUAUUUACGAGCGUGUGUAGCAUCCCUGUUGUCAUCAAUGAACGUUUUAUUUCAUUCAAUUCAUGCCUGACGCGACAUUGUUUAAAACUCAUUUAGUGGAUUCUGCAACUUUUUAAAAUAGGUUUCAUGGAAUAAUACGGUCAAAAUUAAUAAAUCAAGCUACAGAUAAAGAUGCCAUUAACAGCAGAACAAGCGAUGCUUCAAGUCCAGGAGCGCCUUCGUUCCUUAAAAUCACUGAUCGUUGAAAUCGAAAAUGAGCGCAAAAGAAACGAACCGAAUAUAGUAAACACGAUACGCUUAGCUAAAAUGUCCAGUGAUGAAAAAUCUUGUUCCUUAAAUCAUAAACUUAAAUCGGUUUAUAAAAUUGGGCUACAGGAUGCAAUUCAAGAAGAAAACCUAAUUCGGCAAGCAUUGCAAAAAAUUCAGGAUAUAAGAAACAUACGCAAUGAGCGUAGAAUUCAAGCCCGAAACGCAGGAAAUAAGGAAACUAUUAGAAGAGGAGCACUAAUGAAAAUGUUACAGAUUUCAGCUCAGACACUUCCUUUAUUUGUCAGUAAACCUCUUGAAAAAACACCUGCGUUGUGUGGAAGUAUACCUGCAGAUAAUAACUACGUAGCAAAACCUGGCGAUAUGGUUGCAGCACUCGUUAAAGGUCUUGAAGAUGAAGAAAAUUGGAUUCUGGCUGAGGUCGUCCAAUACAUAUCAUCUGCCAAUAAAUACGAAGUUGAUGAUAUCGACGAAGAACAAAAGGACAGACAUAUUUUGAGCAAGCGUCGCAUUGUACCACUACCAUUGAUGAGAGCAAAUCCAGAAACAGAUGGGCAUGCCUUGUUUUCUAAGGGAACUACCGUGAUGGCUCUUUAUCCUCAAACCACAUGUUUUUAUAAAGCUGUGAUCAAUCAACUACCCCAAACAGCAAACGAGGAAUAUGAAGUUCUGUUCGAGGAUCCCACAUACGCAGACGGUUACUCGCCACCAUUGUAUGUUGCUCAACGAUAUGUAAUUGCCAUCAAACAAAACAAGAAGGUUGGUGCUAGUUCCUGACAGUCGUCAGUCCAGCAGACGUCGACUGCUACUAGCGUUACCAGUAUGUCUAUACCAUUAGCUGUUGGAAAAUCGAACAGUAUUCCGUCUACUGGAUUUCCAGCAGGUUCCGUAGGAACGCCUAGUGUUAACGACUAUAGUGGCAAUUUUGCAACGAGUGGCUGUUUAUUACCACCGAAGGAGGAGCACUUACUGGAACCAUUUAUGACAGAUGGUCAGUUUUAAAGACAUAUCGCAAAUAUCUAUGGAUCUACCGUUUAACUUUAACUACUAUAAUGACAUUAAAUAUGCUUAUUUUAGUCUCAUUCAUUACCAUGCCAAUUAAAAUAUCAAAAGAAAUCAUGUUUUCUAAUGGUUGAAUAACACAUCUAUAAAUACGUAAUACGUGUGUUUUUUUUUUCUCAUUUAUUUUCACAGCAAAGCAAUGAAAUGCUUGCAGGCCCUUUUCUUGUUUUCGUUCGAAUCCUAUUCGUGAAAAAUCGUUUUUAUAUUGUUUAUCGAAUCACUUCAAAUGAAUUUAUAUGACUCAAUAAAAAAUCGCAACGAUUUUUGAAUUCGUUCGUGUUCAUCUUUUCGUAUGAGUAUCGGACACAACCGAUCGAGGGUGCUACUCACGAAGACUUCUGGGCUAUAGUUCGAUCAUUCGUAGUUUUUGUCGUUUAGGUUUCAAUCAAUUGGGUUAAAAUUGAGAAUUAUUUGUAAUUAAUAAAAAAAUGUGAUUAAAACAGA